CUCGGAGCUACGGAGAUGAAAUGUAUGGGGUGGAGUUUUGUGGUCUAGGUCUAUAGAGUGCGAUCUGUUUGGUGUGCUGAUAUACAAGGCAAGCUGCAAAUUUAGCUGGGUCGCCGUUUUAUUAGAGCCAAAACGCAACAUCUCAUGGUUCUGUGACCCGCAGGUCGGACGAUGCUGAAGAUUCUGUGGAUCCCAAGCCCGAAUUCGAGGAGAAUUGCAUAUGGAAAUUUGUGAAACAGCUUCUCCUAUAUAUCAGAGGUGGGGUCCGGGCACAUCGGUUAGUAGGUGGAGGGAGGGAGGGGAUGCGUGAAGCCGAGGGACCAGACAGCAGCAGAGGCAAUAACGAACCAUCGCCGGGAGUGCCAUGGAAUGUCCGGCCGAAGCUGUACCGGGGAGUACCGCAAGCGGGGAAAGUCACGGACCACAAUGUGAUCGAAUAUUCCCCGCAUUCGGCCUGGACCGGGCAUUUAAUGAUAUGUCGGCAGCGUCCCGCCGGGAAUUCGUGCACUCUGGAGUCUGGCCAGGAUAGGGUGGGGCCCGAUCCGAUCAGCGCAGGCACAUCAGUGCGUUUUGUCUGAAUGUGAUGGCCGUCGAGUGAAAAUGCCAAGGGGCGACAUCUUCGGAGAGGGGGAGAAGAAGAGAACAUAACAGAACCGAAAGCAGCGAGCGGAGCGGGGAGUGCAGCGAGUGCCUCUCUGUGCCUACGAAAUGAUUAGCAGCGGUAGUAGGAUCGAAGGCAAGGGGAGAAGGUUAGGGUAAUUGCUCUCUCGCUACUCUGCAGCUACUGCUCGCUGCUGCCGUAGGGGGAUUGGCGUGGAGUUUCUGUUGUGAGAGAGACGGGAGGAGAGAGAGAGAGAGAGAGACAGAGAGAGCGGGUGGGGAAGCAGAGGAGAUGCUAGGGAAGGCGAGGGAGAAGUCCCUUUUGUCUGCGUGUUGUCUGUGGCGCGAGAAGAGGAGAGGAGAGCGGGGAGGAGGGGAGGGGAGGGGAGAGGAGAGGAAAGCGGAGGAAGGGCUCGUGUAGUGGGACGACGGUUUUUCUGUUUUUCGUCGGCUCUGCAUCGCGACCUGCUGCACUCCCCUCUGCUGCAUUGAUCGGAUGCGGGACGCGACCUGGAAGGCAGUAAGAGAGGGACAGAGGCAGGGGAAAAGGCGGUGCUGUAUGAGGAGGACGAGGGAGGGAGGUGUGGCGGGGUCCUGCCUUUCCUUUCAUUGUGCAAGCGAGCGACAAGGAAGCAAGCAAGCCACCUCAAGCAAAGCCAAGGCAAGCGAAGGACGCGAGAGAGGGAGUUCGUUCUGGUAGGGAGAGGAAACAACAACGCUCUUCUACUACAUGUCUGCGUUUCUUAGCAUACAAGAGAAGAGCUCACAGGGAGGGACGAGAAGGGAGGAAAAGAAGGAAAGGAAAAAGGGGUCGGGGCAGAUGAUCGCUUUGCGUCGCUUUGCUCCGCCUUCGCCCUCGCCCUCGCCCUCGCCAGCUCUCCUGUUUGCCUUCCUGUGGAAAUGGUACUAGAAGGGAGAGAGAAUUGGUGAUCUUUGAAAAUUCUUUCUCAGAUACGCCUUUUGUGCCCAGUCGCGAGCGAAAAUGGCGGUGCCUUCUUUCAUCAUUAGCACAGGCCGAACUCGUCUGCAGUGUUUAGAUCUGUUUGUAGCGUCGCUCGAUCCGCUCUUCAGUGUUUCCGAUCGCCCUUGGGUUCUUGAUCUCUAUUGACUACUCGUCAUUCAUUGAUGUCUCAAGAGGACUCCCGGGUCCUAACCGACACUCAGAAGAAGCCAGUGAGUGAACUGUGAGCUUAUCUUGCGAUGAUUGUAGGUGCUCGGAGCCUUGGUUGUGAAGAAUUGUUCGUUUGGCGUUGCUCGAACACUUCCGAUCCUCUUCAAUUGUUGGAUCCUAGUUGAUCAGCCUUAGCUCAGGUCCGCCCCGUUAAUUGCCGAUAUUAUGCCUUCUGCUCCUUACGUGUACAAUGUUUAGUCUAUCGUGACUGCUUAUUACUUCGAGCCAAUGAGGAGUUAUUUAACUUUGCCCUCUUCAUACUCUCUCCAAGUAGCGUAGAUCCUUGUUAGUUCCUUUUCUUCCGUCUCGAUCGUCGUCGAUCGUCCUGUCACUCUGCUGCCCUUUCCUCUUCUUCGAUCUAGAGUGUACAUGCCCCCAUCUUCCUCAACGUUCAGCGUCCUUGCGAUCAUAGGGAGGAAAUUUCUUGUAGGUUUCUUUUCCGACAACUUUCUGGGCACGCUGGCCCCAGAAGUCGGAAGAGAAGUCGGAUCGGUGCUUUACUCAGAGUCUCUUGCUUGGUGCCUUUUAUGCCAGGUUGACAGCCGACUAUACAUCAGGAUGGUUAAUGUUUGUGGCGACGAGACAGUAGAUUUGGAAAGGAUAUAAAUCAUUGCCUUUUCGGUUCAGAUAGGAGAUAUAGUACACAUUCAAAAUGGAGAGCUUUGCCACACCUUACUCCGUUAUUUUCUAUGAUGGGGAGCAGGAGCACGAUAAAGGGCAUGUUGGCGUCCACUCUGUGCUUACAUUCAAGCGCUUCCAGGCAAUUAUGAGUCAGAAAACAGGGAUUCCUGCCUAUCAGUUGUCUUCAGUUUUUGUUUGUCGGAGAACUCUGAAGGACACAGAGAAAAGGCAGAAGCUACCAAUCAACGAGAACACCAAUUUCAAUAUCAUCCUUAAUCAGCAUAAUCCUAGCAGGGAAAGAGAUUGUCAUUUUCUUGUAUCCAUGAAAAAAUCCAAAAAGGAGCGGAAGGUAACCAGGAAGCGCAGUGCUGAAGCGGAGAACGCAGACGACGAGGAUUCAAAUUCGUCCCGGGGUGAUCUGUCCCCUUCAGAUGAACGCCCUAAGACUGGGAGUGCAGAUGAAACUUUUUCACCGGAGGCAACGUCUCCGCCGAGCUUCAUGCAGCGGCCUUCGUCACCAUCUGCCAUUCCUGUUGGUAAUGGCAACAAGCCAAGACCCGGUAGCGGUUCUCCACCGGGGAAGAUGACCUUGGGAGGUGAUUUUAAAGUUGAGAGGACGCUCCUGAGGCGGGAAGGAGUGGGGCAGAAUGGCUUUGCCAGUCCGAGGUCGGGAUGGGCGAAUGGAGUUUCCAGUCAGCGAGUAGAAGGUUUCAAUGUCCUGUCGGGUGGUGGGAAAGCAGAGGGUCAUACCUUGCAGACUUCUAACGGUUCCGCAUUGCAGCAAGAAGACAGGAGAAAUCUCGAAAAGCACUGGAGUCAAUCUGGCGCAAUUCAGGAAGAUGGAUCAUUCAGGCAGUCUGAAAAGGCUAAUGGUCAUUCCUCUGGGCACCCGCAACUUCAUCACUCCUCCGGUUUAGAUGUGAUCCACCAAGAUAGAUUCAACGAUGCCAAUCCACAAGGAAAUGGAGCAAGACAUGCUUCGGCGAUUCUGGCCAGAAAUGGUUCUGCAAAGGAUUUCUCGGUUUCACCUGUUCUACAAAGAAGUAGUUCCAUGUCCUCUGCAUCGAACGCCUCCAGGUCAACCUUGUCUCCCUUGUCCUCUACAGCAACUGGAAAUUUCAUUCCUAGAGUAUCGAUGGGCGGUCUUGCAGCAGUAGCGGCAGGAACGAAUGGAGGUCUGACAUUGCAGCAAGCUCAGGCUCAUAUUUCCCACCUUCAACAGCAACACCAGACACCUCUGCCAGGACCCAUGGGCCCGCUCGAGCUGUCUAAGCUCAACGGCAUGUUACGCGGCCUUGUGGCAAGGGAUAGCCGAGGGGAGAACACGAAGAUUUGCAAAUUCUGCUGUUUUUUACGAGAGAGGAACAUGGGUCCACCACCCUUUCAUUGGUGCGUAGAUGAUGCCAUAACGAAAGGUUUCAGGGGACCAUCCCCGGCGGGACCGAUAGGAAGACCCGUCAAAAGACAUGUGGAGGCAGCAGCUUGAUAGUGCAGUUCUUCAGGUCCUGGUGGAUCAAGUUGCAGCAGUUUCUCAUAUAGAGUGUAAAAUGAAUCGUAACAAGGUCUGUAUGCGUGAAUGUUCAUGCUGUCCUUAUGAACGUAGAUGGAUAGACUUUUUAGUUGAGAUGAAUUUUCGGUAGAAAACCGAGGGAAGGCAUGUUUUGCCCAUACUGUGUACCAUGAACGAUAUGUGAUGCAGAUGUUUAUCUCUGCGCUUAAGUCUUUAUAUUUUUUGUGCC